AUGUCCUACACACAGUACUCCCAAUACGGCGGGAAUCCAUAUAAUAAUGGACCUGAUGCAGAAGCUGCCCAAGGUAACCCUGGAUAUCUCAGUCAAGGUCAAGGGCAAGGCGGUCUCCAGCACGAGUUGACCACUACAUCGAAUUACUCCAGUGCCACACCCGCGACGCCAGCGUCUACAUCCUACGUUUUAUCGCAGCAGGACUUCCUCGCGCGCGUCGACAAUGCCAAAGCCGAGAUCCGGAACCUCACCUCCAAUAUCUCGGAAAUCACAACGCUGCAUCAGCGAGCGCUCUCGUCGCCCGACAGCAGCUCAUCUUCCCAGCUCGAGAACCUCGUCACGCAGACCCAGUUGAAGAACACGCAAAUCCGCGACCAGAUCAAGUUCUUGGAGGGCGAUUUGCUGAAGACGCAGGAUGGAAGUAAGAGUGUGAAGUCGAGACAGGCGAGGUCUCUGAAGACGGAGUUUGAGAACGCCCUGAAGGAGUACCAGAAUGAGGAGGUGACCUACAGACAGCGCUACAGGGACCAAAUCGCCAGACAGUACCGUAUUGUGAAUCCCGAGGCAACGGAAUCUGAGGUCGCCGAGGCUUCACAGUUGGAUUGGGGCUCGGAAGGUGUUUUCCAGACUGCUCUUAAGAGCAACCGAUCAGGCCAAGCUUCAUCGGUGCUCGGUGCAGUUCGCGCCCGUCACAAUGAGCUCCAACGGAUUGAGGCUACUCUCACUGAUCUUGCGGCCAUGUUCGCGGAUAUGGCUCAGAUCGUGGAAGCUCAGGAGCCAGUGAUCGAGCACACCGAGGAGAAUGCCAUCAAGACUGCUGACCAUGUCAACCAAGCCAACACCCAAAUUGACAAGGCAAACGAGCAUGCUAGACGCAGACGCCGUAACAAGUGGUACUGCUUAUUGAUUGUGGUUCUUAUUAUUCUUGCUAUCGCUCUCGGUGUCGGGUUGGGUAUUGGGCUCACCAAGAAGAACUAG